AUGAACUGUGGAAUGUAUUUCUACCAUUAUGGAUUGACGAUAUCGUGUGCUUGCACAGAGCGUAAUGGUACCGAAAGUGAAUGCGUCCAGCUAGGAACAGGUUAUUCCCGUCCAAUUGCUCACCGGCACAUUGACUUUUACGGGUACCUGAAGCUCCACGCUGUGCCUGUCUUUGACACGAAGAAGACUAAUCGAACGGAGCGAAGCAAUCUCUUAUCAACUCCGGAAAGAGCCGAAGAAGUCGAGUCGACCAUAAUGAGAUCCCCUUCUGAAUACAGCGACGGGACUCGACGAACACCUCUAGUCAACGACGAAGAGGAUGACGACGAGCCGGCCUAUGCUCGAGUUUUUCGGAGCAUAGAUCGUAGAGGCUCAGUAGCCUCUGUCCAAGUUGGUAGUGGAAACGCACAGGAAGAACGGUGGGGUAGAAGAGAGCUUAUAUCCUUUCUUGAGAUGAUGGAACACCUCGAAGAGCAUCUACUGUUCGGUCACCCACCUGGAGAAUCGUCUCCCUACUCGUCUUCUCAAAUGAGACCUGGUAGUGAGUUUGGUUCUACCACAGUGAUUCGACCACCUUGUCCACCAACACCUGGACCUGGGUCUUUACCUUAUCCGCGACCACUACCAACUUCUACUGGAUUUCCGCCGUUGAACUUCCCAUAUGGGCCAUAUCAAAAUUACUCCUUACCAUAUUUCAUGGGAGGACCAGCAGGGCAGUGCUAUGGUACUGUGUUGUGUUUUCUGUACUUUUUUAUGUUCAAACAUACGAUUGAUCCUAUGCAGUUGUGGCCUCCAGGAGUCCUACCAUUUACGACAAUGCCAAACCCGCAGACACCACACCCUGAUCGAUCUGGUUCAAGCACAACGUCGACAGCGCAACUAAAUCCAACGAGAACUCCGGCACGGAAUCCGCCUGAGCGCAAGGGUGGCACGAAAUUCGUGGAAACCCUUCCAAAUACGACUCCAAUGAAGCCUGAAGUUCUGACGCCAAGGAGAAGGCGGCGGACGUCACGACGUGAGGGUUCUAAUUCAAAUUAA